UAUCAUCGGCCGUUCAUCAGUUCGGAGAAGAUCGGGUUCGAUUUAGUCGCGGAACCACCAUGAGCUCCACUGAGGUCGCCAGCGGUGAGUGCAAGAAGAUGUCGUGGCCGGAGGUGGUCGGGCUGACCAUCAAGGAGGCCAAGGAGAUCAUCCUCAAGGACAAGCCUGACGCAGACAUCAUCGUCGUGCCGGUUGGCUCAGCGGUGACUGAAGACUUCAGGCCGAACCGCGUCCGCAUCUUCGUCGGCACUGUCGCCGAGACCCCCCACGUUCGCUAGUUGGAUUGCCCUUACUUCCCGUGGCCGGCAUAGAUGCUGGCUCAUGAAUAAAUCAGUAAUGGAGGAAUAAAACUGUGAACUGUGAAGUCAAUAAUCUACAGGUUUGUGUGAACUGUGAA